UCCCGCCUCACAUGCAGCCUCUGCCCGAUUCGGACGAGGGGGAGGCGGACGUGGACGUGUCCAACACAGUUCCGCUGGGUAGCGAUCGACCUAGGAAUGGAUGGGUAGCCAGUUGUAUGAUCGGCGCGGAGCGAAGUACAGGCAGUCGUUCACUUCCCUCCUCCACGAAGGUGCCCAGGACGAGGAACGCCUCCCCCCUGUGGAUCUCACAUUUGGCCGGCGGAGCGGGAGCCCAUCUUCUGCCACGCGCACUGUGCUCGUGAACCCUCAUCCCAACGACGACGCGGGGCAGGUGACAUUGGUCGGCAGGGGCACGAGAGGUGGUUCUGCGCCUCAUGAGACGUCCAAGAAGACGAGGGAGCGGCCUCGAGUGCAGGCGACUUCUGGCCCGUCAAUUCUACGCACCACCGGUGGUCGCCCUGAGUGGAUGAACCCCCCUCCUGCGUUCUCCAGGGGUCGCGACACCGUUCAUCGUCUAGUUGAACGAGGUGUGAGUGAGGAAGACUUCCCUUUCGAGGGCGUGCAUGGAGAUGGCAGGCGGGUAUGGAAGGAGUCGAGGCAGGAGUUGCGGCGGCAACAAGAAGAGUCCAUAACACAAGGUGUGCAGCGAUUACGCGUGGGCGAGCGGGCCAGGCAAGCAGACGCGGUUGGCGGGGGGGGUGACGUCUGGACAGACGGUGACGAAGUUCAGUGCGACGUUGAGGAGGACGACAACGGUGACGUGUUCCCGUUGCGUGCGCCGAACAUGGGUGGCAGGGUCGGCAGAGGCAGGGCUUCGACGAAUGUUGGGCGGAGGGGGAAAAGGUCGUUGGCGACCUCUGCUGAUGCGAAAGGUGAGGGGGAUGGGGAGGGUGGUCGGAAUUUCUGGUUUGUGGAUCACAUGGUGGCCCUCAUAAGGGCGAAGCGGGAUCAGGACGCCCAGCUGCAAGUGGCGGGGCACGCAUUCGCACGGAUGUGGUCGAGGGAGUGGAAAUGGUUGAACGUCCGGGAGAGGUUGCUGAAGAAAGGAUUCAGCUUCAACAUGGAUCGGGCCGUCUACGAGGAGAUCAAAGGGGCGAAGGAGAGGAGCUACACUAUCAGCCCAAGCAAUGUUACAGACAUCGGUGGCGCAGGAGGUGUGCAACUCCCAUCUGCACAGUCGGCGACUCCGGAAUCUGUGGGGGACGGGGAUGCCGCUGGAGAUGGCAACGACGAAGACGACAGCUCAGCGCGUGGGGGCUCACAGACGACUGGAAGUCCGGCCGGUUUCAGGAAGAGGAAAAAUGUGCAGCAGCAGACAUUCGAGGCCUUAAGCGAGUGCAUGGAAAAGCAUGGGGCGUUGAUGGCGUCGACGAUGGGGAGCGAGAGCAGGAGGCAAUGCAAGGCAAUGGAGAACACGAGCAAGAGGCAAUGCUCCAUUCAAAUUCGGCAGUGUGAGGCUAUCGAAGCGGAGGUGGAGGUCCAGAAGCAACACUGCGCUGCGUCUAAUGAAGUUAGCAAGCUUAUGUGUCAUGCGCUGCUGGAAAUAGCGAAGGCUAUACGAGAGCGGUAGACGGGAACGUCUGCCACAUUGCAUUUUUUGGCUAUGGAUGUCACUCUGUUGCCACUUUGUCGUCUACUUAAGUUGGAUGGAGUUAAUUCACACUCCUAGUUCAUUUCGUGCCAUGGGUUUGUUUUCGGUUUGUGUCUGUAGAGGAGUGGCCGUUUCCGCAUGACGCCCACUGCAACACCCCUGCGCUUCCCCGAUA